AUGAAUUACUCCUACUUUUUUCUUACGAUUCUCGUAUUAUUUUAUACAUUCACUCGUAUUCAUGCGAGUGAUGAUGGAUUUAAACGCGAAAAAACGCACCUGAAAAAAGAUCCGCGUGAUUAUACUGACCGAGAUGUAGAUAGUUUGUUCGAAGAAUGGGAGGAUAAUGAUGAAGAUGUUUUGCCCGAUGAUGAACGACAUGAUUAUUUCCUUCGAAAGCCUCGUCCAAUGAUUCGUCCAGAAGAUCUCGUUGGGAAACAACCUGAGCAUAUCAUGAAAGUUUCCAAGCAAGGACAAACAUUAAUGAUGUUUGCAACCGUUUCAGGCUCACCAACACGUCGCGAAACAGAAGAAAUCACGCAAAUCUGGUGGUGGGGUUUGAAAAAUGCGUUAUAUGAUGUUACUCGACAUGUCAUUGAUGAUAAUCGAAUUUUACUUGUCUUGAAUGAUGGAUCUCAAGCAUUCGAAAUCAAAGAUUUUCUUGUACAACAAGAACGUUGUAAGGAAGUCACCAUUGAUAACCGUCCCUAUUAUGGCAAAGGUGCUACGAUCAUAAUUUCUCUGCAAUUUCAAAACAAAAAUGCAACACAAAGACAAGUGUUUGUGCAAACAAGCGUCGAUAAAUUGUUGAAAUUGCCCGAACAACAUCAGAAUCUCAUGGACCUCGAACAAAAAAAUCAUCAUGAAAAAACGUCGAAGAUAUCUUUUGCGAAAAUUCUCAUUCUGAUAGUCUACCAUUUAUUUGUCAGUAUGUUGUUAGUUGUAUAUAUUGGCACGACAUUCUGGUAUUUACAACAAAUUUGGUCGGCAAAUGAUCAUUCGCACUAUGAAUUAAGUUUCAUAACAAAGAAAUUUACUUUUUCAAUACGAUCAUUUUUAUUGUUAUCUUAUUUACAAUAA